UUUUUUUGUCGGAAAAUUUGUGGAUAAUCGCCCCCAAGACUCGAGAUUACUCGUCCUGAACUCGCGCUCUCUUCCUCGGCACAGACGGAGAUAUAGUGACGGUGUGAAUCCAUGGGUUUACAGAGCUGUAUUGGAGGGACGACUUUGCAAACCCUGAAGCUCGCUUCUAUUCCUACAUUGUCUUCUUCGCGCUUAGUUUCCAGACCAGUACAGCUGAAAGCCCUUACCCUAAACUUUUUCCUCCCCUCCGGCCAUGGCCGUUCGAGGAGAUCCCCGUUUCCACUCCUCGCUAGAGCUCUCUCGGCCCCGGCUAUUGCGUUCCAGACAGAAACACCUACGGAAGAAAAGGUCGUGAAGCCUCAGUGGAAAGCUGCUAUAGACUUCAAGUGGAUAAGGGAGAACAAGGAAGCGGUUGCUGUGAACAUAAGGAAUAGGAACUCCAAUGCUAAUUUGGAAGCUGUGAUUGAACUGUAUGACAAAAUGUCCAAUCUUCAAAAGGAAGUUGAGCGGCUUCGUGGAGAAAGGAAUGCGGUGGCAAACAAGAUGAAAGGGAAACUGGAACCAUCUGAACGUCAAAAACUCAUAGAGGAAGGGAAAAAUCUGAAAGAAGGACUUGUUGCCUUGGAAGAAGACCUGCUUAAACUUACUGAUGAGCUUCAGCAGGAAGCACAGUGUAUACCAAAUAUGACUCAUCCGGAUGUUCCAAUUGGAGGAGAGGACUGUUCAGUGAUAAGAAAGAAGGUUGGUAGCCCACCUCAGUUUAGCUUCCAAAUCAAGGAUCACCUUCAACUUGGGAAAGAACUUGAUCUUUUUGAUUUUGAUGCUGCUGCAGAGGUCAGUGGCUCAAAAUUCUACUACCUAAAAAAUGAAGCAGUUAUGUUAGAGAUGGGCCUUAUUAACUGGACACUCUUAGAAGUCAUGAAGAAGGGCUUUAUACCUUUGACAACUCCUGAGAUUGUAAGGUCCUCUGUGGUUGAAAAAUGUGGUUUCCAACCUCGAGGAGCAAAUACCCAGGUUUAUUCUAUUGAGGGUAGUGACCAGUGUCUCAUUGGUACAGCAGAGAUUCCAGUGGGGGGGAUUCAUAUGGAUUCUAUUCUUGCCGAGUCACUGUUACCAUUGAAGUAUGCUGCAUUUUCCCAUUGCUUCCGAACUGAAGCCGGUGCCGCAGGUGCAGCAACAAGGGGUCUUUAUCGAGUCCACCAGUUCAGCAAGGUGGAGAUGUUCGUCUUAUGCAGACCAGAGGAGAGUGACCUCUACCACGAGGAGCUCAUUAAGAUUGAAGAAGACCUCUUUUCAUCACUUGGAUUGCACUAUAAAACUUUGGACAUGGCUUCGGGGGAUUUAGGCGCACCUGCUUAUCGUAAAUUUGAUGUCGAGGCAUGGAUGCCUGGCUUAGAACGAUUUGGUGAGAUAUCAAGUGCAUCAAACUGUACUGAUUAUCAAAGUCGCCGACUGGGAAUCCGAUAUCGCCCAUCAGAACCAUCAUCAGCUAGUCCUAAAAAGGGUAAAGCAAACCUUGCACCACCAAGGUUUGUGCACACAUUAAACGCAACUGCCUGUGCAGUUCCACGGAUGAUUGUUUGCUUACUAGAGAAUUACCAGCAAGAAGACGGCUCUGUUACUAUCCCUGAGCCAUUGAGGCCUUUCAUGGGUGGGCUUGAGAUUAUAGCUCCUAAAUCCAGAUAGGUUGAGGUUAUACUCUUUUAUUCAUGUAUUGUAGUUGCAGCAUCAAUCUUUGCCGAUAACUUUUACGCUUUACUGUGAACAAAUAUGGUUAAUAAAAAGGCAUGCACAUGAAUUGGUAAAGAA